ACGUGAUGCGCCCCAUAACAUGAGGUGGCGGGCCGGAUCUGGCCCUCGGGCCUUGAGUUUGGCACCUGCGCUGUAAAAGAUCACUUUCAACUGCCGAGUCAGUUGUGGAAGAAGUUAAGUCGGUGGGAAAGACUCCAUCGGACUUUCCGGGCUCGUCUUGGGCAGAAUUUAGCGAGCGUGUAAGUCCUCAAGAGUGCUGUCGUGGAACCGCAUCCCGGGUCGCACUCUGUGGCCAGAGUGCGACGGGCAGGAAAGAGUAGUCAAAAUGAAAUUGGAUCGAAAUGGCAAAGACAAAGGCUUUCUGCUUCAAAGACGAACUCUUCGUCAUUUGAAGACGGGACGGGGAAAAAGGAAGCGCUCGCUAGGUUGACAUCAGACGUGGAGGACGAAUCUUGGAUCUUUCCUAAAAGGCGUCACAACAUCUCCAUGGGGUUGAGGCGACCACCAUGUCCGUGGACUGCCUGGGCUCGCACGCCGUCCUCUCCGGCCGGCGUUUCCUGUACGUGGUCAACCUGGAGGCGCCAUCGGAGCAGGCGAGGAAGAUGUCCCGCCAGAGCAAGUGGGACGUGGGCACGGUCCAGUGGAACCCUCACCGCUCCCAGGCGCACAUCUUUGCCGCCUCGAGCAACCAACGCGUGGACUUGUACUCGUGGAAGGACGGCGGAGGAAGCGUCCACACGUCACUGCGAGGGCACACGCGCGUCAUCAGCGAUCUGGACUGGUCUCGUUUCGAAGCCGAGUUCCUGGUCAGCAGCUCGGUGGACACGUACAUUUACAUCUGGGACGUCAGGGACACCCGCAAGCCCGCCGUGGAUCUGGCUGCCGUUGCCGGCGCGUCGCAGGUGAAGUGGAACCGCAGGAACCCCAACGUGCUGGCGUCCAGUCACGACGGAGACGUGCGCAUCUGGGACCGACGGAAACCCAACACGGCGGUCGAAUACGUGGCGGCGCACCUGUCCAAGAUCCACGGACUGGACUGGCACCCGGAGCACGAGUUCAUCCUGGCCACCGGCAGCCAGGACAACUCCGUCAGGUUCUGGGACUACCGGCAGCCCAGGAAGUACCUGAACAUCUUGUCGUGUCAGGUUCCCGUGUGGAAGGCCAGAUACACGCCUUUCUCCAACGGGCUGGUGACUGUGAUGGUUCCUCAACUGCGCCGCGAGAACUCUCUCCUCCUGUGGUCCACCCUGGACCUCAACAGUCCGGUCCACGCCUUUGUCGGGCACGACGACGUCGUCCUGGAGUUUCAGUGGAGGCCGCAGAAGGAAGGUUGCAAAGACUUCCAGCUGGUCACGUGGUCCAGAGAUCAGACGCUGAGAAUCUGGAGGGUGGACCCGCAGCUCCAGAAGCUGUGCGUCAGCGACUUGGCGGACGAGCUGAUGGACCCUGCGGCUCUCCACGCCGGCACUGACAAGUCGCCGGAAGCUGACGAUCCUGAAGGACCCCACCCCAGAAUUCCCGUGGGGCAACAUCCUCACGAUCAAGACAGCGUCUCAAGUCCAGGCGGCGCUCAGGACUCUGCGGCGGCGGCUUCUUCGGGUCUGGCUCAGACGCUCCAGCAAGAAUUCUCUCUGGUCAACCUGCAGAUCAGGAAUGUCAACGUGGAGAUGGACGCGGUGAACUGCAGCUGUGUGGUGUCUGCUCACUUCGGGACUCAUCAGGUCCGACUGCUCAUGAAGUUCCCCGGGCAAUAUCCAAACAACAGCGCCCCCACCUUUCAGUUCAUCUCCCCGACGAGCAUUUCUGGCGCAAUGAAGACAAAGAUUCACAAAAUCCUGACAGAUGUGUCCCUGCAGAAAGUGAAGAGGAACCAGAACUGUUUGGAACCCUGCGUCCGGAAGCUGGUGUCCUGUCUUGAGUCGGACGUGGAGGACAGUCCGUCUUCAGGACCCUUCGUGUUGUCCAAUCCGGUCGCUCCGACCCUGCAGCCCUUCCCGCGAGUUACCAACACUUACGGAUCCUAUCAGGACGCCAACAUUCCUUUCCCGCGCACGUCGGGGGCUCGCUUCUGCGGCACCGGCUGUCUGGUCUACUUCACGCGACCGAUCACCAUGCACCGCGCGGCCCCGCCUACCGAGCCAACGCCUAGGUCCUUGUCGGCCCUGUCGGCCUAUCACAGCGGCGUGUUGACGCCCAUGAAGAUUCGCUCCGACUCCCAGAACGCACUCCGACUUUACAGCGGCAGCCCGACUCGGCUCGACAAAGACACCGUGUCCAUUUCGUCCUUCUACUACAAAGAACGGAAAUCCCGGCGCUUCAAGACCAAACGGGACGGGACGGACUACGGCGGGCGCUCCAUCAAGUUGGCGGGAAAGGUCAUCAUCCAGGAAAUUUCCUGCCUGCUUCCCGUCCAUAAAGUUCUGGGAGAGAAUUACAUCCUAAACAUGGGUGACACCAAAGACACGUGUCGGAAGAACGCCGCCGCCGCCCUGGCCGCCGGACGCCGAGAUGUGGCCAAGGUCUGGGCCUUGGCCUCGGCGGCGACCGGCCAAGGCCUGAGUCCCGACUCUGACCCGGACACGGACGCUCCCUGGGCCAGCCACCCGUUCGGACGCCACCUGCUGGAGACGCUCGUGGACCACUACAGUCACAUGAGCGACGUGCAGACGCUCGCCAUGCUCUGCAGCGUAUUCACCGACUCGGACCGCAAGCCGGCGCCGCAGUCCCGCCGGGCGGCGCUCCCGCCGCACGCUCGCUACAGCGGCCUCCGCGAGUCGACGGUGACGUUCGGGGGUCGCGAGCUCCCGGAACACGCGGGCGCCCGCGGCGACUCCCCCGAAGGCGCUCGUCACGGCAGCCACGGACACGCCGAGCCGCGGGAAGGAGAGUGCGAGCGACACCACGAGAACAAAAGCCUUUUGGACCCGAGCAACACGCCGCAGUUUGACGACUUCAAGAAAUGCUACGCCGAAAUUUUGUACCGGUGGGGCCUUCGAGACAAACGGGCCGACGUGCUCAAGUUUGCUUCCUGCCCGCCUGAGCCGCAUCAACAAGUCGAAUUGUGCGUGUUGUGCUGCCACUGCGGCAGCCCGAGUCGCAGCGCGCAGUGCGCGGCCUGCAAGCGUGCGAGCUUCCAGUGCGCCGUGUGUCACGUGGCCGUGCGCGGCUCCUCCCACUUCUGCCUCAGCUGCGGACACGGCGGUCACACGGCUCACGUGAUGGACUGGUUCCGGAAGCGGGAGCAGUGCCCGGCCGGUUGCGGCUGCCGCUGUUUGCAGCAGAGCAACUUUUGACCGACGGCGAGCGUGCGGCGCGCGCGACUGGUCACGCGAUCGCAUCCUGUCGGGCGUCGCGUGAGCGGAUGAAGAAUAAUCUGUCCAAAAAAAAAUAAAGACUUUGAUGACAAAAUGGGAUGAAGGAUUCCUUCACGCGACGCUGACGACGACGAGGCCGUGUUGGGGGGUCACCACGGAAGCCCGUUUCCUCCUCUUCCUCGUCCUCCGUCGUCAUCGUCAUCUGUAACCCCAAGUGGCCUCAUGUCCUCCCGCACAACCUUCUCUUUGGUCUUCCGUCGCUCUUUUGCCCGGCAGCUCCACCCUCCUCCUCCUCAUCCUUCCAGUGACGUCCUCCGGACGUGCCCGCACCUCCUACGAGUCGGGCUUCCCGUCUCCAAAACAUCAAAGCUCCCUCCGCCAAGCUGAUUUCUGAUUUGGUUCAACGUCGACAUCUUCAUCAGCUCCGCUUCCUGUCGUCUCUUCUCUAAUCCGUCCAUCGUGGCCGCCCUCGCCACUGUUUUAUACACGUUGCCCUUCAUCCUAGCGGAGACCUGCGGGCACCCUUUUACCGCACUCACCGUUGCUCCGGAUCGUUGAGCCCAAGUAUUUGAAGUUGUCCACCGUCGCCGUCUCUUCCCCCCCGCGCCCCAUCUCAUUCCUCAUCCAUGUAACCUGUUUUACUCGGGCUAAUCUUCAUUCCUCUCCUUUCCAGUGCGUGCCUGCGUCUUUCUAAUUGUUCCUCCACCAGCUUUCACUGCAUAUGACAAUAUCAUCUGCGAACAUGAUGGUCCAAGGGGAUUCCAGUCUGACCUCAUCUGUCAGCCUAUCCGUCACCGCAGCGAACAGGAAGGGGCUCAGAGCGGAUCCCUGAUGCAGCCCCGCCUCCAGCUUCAAUUCUUCCGUCACACCUCGGUCUGCUGCCCUCAUACACGUCGCGUACUCUUCGGACAUAUUUCUGGGCCACACCAGUACCGCAGUUCCUCUCUCGGUUUCAAAAAGACGCAAUGUAGCUCCUUCCGUGUAGUUUUCCACUCGCAUCCUCAAGGCAAAUAACUCCCGAAAGCAUCUUGCCGCUCGCCGAUACUUCCUCCCGACCCGAGUCUCGCCUCCGCCACGCUUUCCUUUCAUGACGUCAUCGCGCGGCUCGUCAUCGUUCCGGGGCUUUGAACGUCGCCGUUGUUCCUGAGAACGUGGGGACUAGCACACUUUUCCCCCGUUCUUCUGGCCCGCUAGUAUUCUGUUGAAUAAGUUGGUAAAGAACCUCCACAGCCACCUCUCCAAAGUGCUUCCGUAGCUCCACCGGGAUGUCAUCUGGAGCGACUGCUUUUCCACGUCGCUUUUGUAACGAAUCACUGCCGCUAACCUGCCCCCCCCCCCCCCCCCCUUGCGUCUUUUGUACUCUUGCUUCUCUCUCUCAACGCAACCAUCAGCAGUCAGAGGAAAAGGGGAGCGCUCAGAGGUAAGUCACGCAGGCCAGCCCGGAUUUGAACCUUUGGUCCUCAGAACCGUGAGGUGGACGUGGACUAAGAGGUCUGACUUCCUGCUGCCUUGACGUACCCUCAAAUUUGGCUCGUCUUCUUUUUUUUUUUUUUUUUUUUUUUGGGUCGGCAGCCAAGUCUUUUUGGGGGUUUUGCGGUUUGAAAACACGCACCACAAAAUGAGUCAGUCCUUGUUUUGUUUUUUAAGAAAAGUGGCAGCAGAUGCACGCGCGCAAACAAAAGCGUGUGAAAGAGCAGCUUUUUGAACAGUCAGGUUGUCACGGCAACCGCAGGCAUCGAUCGACGACGGUCAGGUGGGUGUCGCCGGGCCGACGAUGGCGCCCCCCCCCCCCACCGAGGACGGGCGGCCCCCUUCAGGAAGUGAUGUCACCCGAACGGGAAGCGUACGUGGGCGUGACCACUCCCGGGCUUCCGGGAGGAGCGCGAGGACGAGGCGGAGCCGGUGGACCCCGAGAGGCGACGAGACGAUGAGCCGGAACUUUCCGUGGCUGCCGGACGACACGAGAGAAGGUCGGAUGUACUGUCCAUUUUCAUGUCAACUUCUCAUGAAGUACUUUUCGACUUUUUGCGCGUGUGGUUGCGUCAAACAGGAAGUUGGGCACGGCUCUACUUCCCUUUAGUUCCUUGUGUCAAUGUGGUUUUUCCAAGGUACUCGUAGAAAGCUGGCUGGCGGUCUCGUACGCUUGCUGAUCUUCCUCAACGCAAGGCGGCGUGGCGAAGGCGGCGGAACACGUGCAGGUCGAGGGACCCCAACAAGCUGGACGACGGAGGUCGCCGCCUCGCGCGAUCGGAGGCCGACGCGGCGAUGGACGCUCGAGUCCCGGCGCCUGGAAGCCAAUAGCGACAAAAAGCCUUCCGAGGAAUAUCUCAAAAUGGGUUCAAAUUGAAAGAAGAAAGUUUGGGAUUACGUUCAGACUGUCACAGAUGCAACGAGAUUUACGUAUACGCAGAGUCUGCAGAUUUUCGGGGAACGACGUCUUGCUUUCCAUUCCAAAUGCUCAAUGGCGAGCGAAGGGCCCGGCGACGUAGCGGACGGCUCGGUCGCUGAUGGCGGCGGCGGCGCUGGGUCGGAUGUCCAAGUGAGGCCUGCUGCCCACCCCCAUGGACAGCAUCUCCUUCAGGCGCGCCUCUGGGCACACGUGCGCCCACUUUUUGCGGGCCAGAGAUCUGCAUAAACCACACCCCUUUUUCCCACCCGCAGUUCCCUCAGACAACAUUGCGUGGUCCACUAUAGCUUCCGUUGGCGUAUUUGGGUUAUUUAACAAAAAAUAUGGUCAAGAGGCGUGGUCACGGACUUUGCAAUCGUGACGACGGGUAUCCCGAAAGGCGAGUCGGUGGGACUUCGAUUCGUACCCUUUCCAAAACCGAAGACCCGGUCCGAAAAAUGCCUUCGAUGGAUCAAACUUUGUGGAAGACCGCAUGGUCAACUGAAUCCAUCUAAAAAUCAACCGGAACACAACACACGUCUCGUAUAAAUGAAUGAGACGUUCUCCGCUAGCAUAACACUGCUGCGUGUGAACAAUUGACACGCUUGA